AUGCAAGAUUUACCACCUAUUGGAGGAUAUGAACCUGUCCAAUGGAAAAGAAAUCUCCCAUCUAGAGGUUUUAGGCCUUCAGUUUAUUUUUGGGGUUUUACUGGCUUGAUGGCACUUGGGUUUUAUAGAUACUACAAAGGUGUGGACGAACAACGAGAAUUAGCUAGAGAAAGACAGUGGGCUAGAUUCAACUUACAGCCGUUGCUCUUAGCUGAAGAGGACAGAAAUGUUGCGAGAAGAUACUUCUCUGAGAAAGCCAGACAAGAUUUGGUGGGUGAAACCAUGUCGCCCGAAACGAAAGCUAAAUUCGAGGAGGAAAUAUAUCAUGAUAAAUCUAAGUUCCGCGUACCUCAAUACAAGGCAGGUGUAGAUCCAUCUGAACGUUGA